UAAAUGAAUAUGCUUGCCCACAGCUGGAUUCAAAAUGGUGCGCGUUUUGUUUCUGCAUCCCGAUCUGGGCAUAGGCGGCGCCGAGCGUCUGGUCGUGGAUGCCGCCCUCGCGCUCAAGGAGCGCGGCCAUGAGGUCAGCUUCCUGACCAACCAUCAUGACAGCACGCACUGCUUCAAGGAGACAGCCGAUGGCAGUUUUCCCGUUCAUGUGGUGGGCGACUGGCUGCCACGCCAGCUCUUUGGCCGCUUCUAUGCGUUCUGUGCCUAUGUCCGCAUGCUGUAUGCCGCCUUCUAUGCCAGUUUCUUGAUGCCCCGGCGACAGCAGGUGGAUGUUGUUGUCUGUGAUCUGAUUUCCGUAUGUGUGCCCGUGCUGCGCCUGGCCCGGCAUCGUCCGCGUGUCUUAUUCUACUGCCACUUUCCUGAUCAACUGCUCAGCGCUCAGGCGGGUCUGCUGAAGCGUUUAUAUCGUGCACCCAUCAAUUGGCUGGAGGAGCACACCAUUGGCCAGGCGGACAAGGUGUUGGUCAACUCCAAAUUCACAUUGCGCGUGUUCCAGGACACAUUCCGGCGUCUGAGCACCGUGCCCGAUGUGCUGUAUCCCUCGCUGCACACCCAAUACUUUGACCAGAUGGAGCACAAGCUGGAACAGCGCUCCGUUCUGCUGGAGGAGCCGAUACAUGCGCGUGUGCCGCGCAAUUCCUUCAUCUAUCUGGACAUCAAUCGAUACGAACGCAAGAAGAACCACGCCCUGGCGCUGCACUCACUGCGCCUCCUGGGCAACAUGCUGCCCACACUGGACUUCAAGCGUUGCCGCCUGAUCAUCGCCGGCGGCUAUGAUACGCGUUGCACCGAGAAUGUCGAGCAUUUCGCCGAGCUGGAGCAGCUGACGGUCAAACUGGAACUGCAGGAUCAUGUGGUGCUGCUGCGCUCGCCCACAGAUGAGGAGAAAUGCCGACUAUUGUAUUUCGCACAUUGUCUCCUCUAUACGCCCGAGAACGAACACUUUGGCAUUGUGCCGCUGGAGGGCAUGUAUUUCUGCAAGCCGGUCGUAGCACUGAACAGUGGAGGACCCACCGAAACGGUGGUGCACACCUCCACGGGCUUUCUGUGCGAGAACCAGCAGAAGAGCUUCGGUGGCGCCAUGUACCAGCUGUUCCGCGACGAGGCGCUGCGCCUGAAGAUGGGCGAACAGGGCCACAAGCGUGUCCAGCAAAAGUUCUCCUUCGAAGCGUUUGCGGAUCGUCUCAACCAAAUUGUCGAGGAGCUGUUGGCCGAAGGCGGCGACAAAAAAUUCCAAUAAAUAUGCAGAGCAACAAAAUGUGAAA